GUUUUAGAUCCUGAAGAAAAAAAAAGGCAGGCCAUACGAAACAACAGCCACAAUGUCACCGGAAAGACAAGGUGGUGGCGGUGCUCCCCAUGGAGUAAUACUAGCCGUAGUGGUGGCCAUCGUAGUAUUAGCUCCUUUCUUGUUCGGCGAUCAAGGCGAGGCCAUAACCGAAGCCAUUUCCGACCUCUUAACUCCACUUGGUCUUCUCCUCCUGCCCAUUAUCCUCCUCCUCACAAUCCAGUUCCUUUCAUCCGACAGCGGCUCCUUCGUCUCUGCCAUCUUCUCCACCGGCGAACCCGAUUCCAUCCACCGCGCCAGCGGAUCUCCGUUUGGAGUUGCCUUGUUCCUCCUCCUCAUCUUGUUCUUGCUCUACAAUCGUGUUUCCAUCUUCGGCGGCGAUGACGAUUUAGACGAUUGACUUCCCCGAUCUAUCGAAGACUUCUUUUUUGU